CUGUAACCGGAAGUCCUUCUGGUAGCUGCUGCUAACUUGAUUGUGGACACAAAAAACUGUGAAAUCAAGGAGAGGGACAGCGCCCAGAAUAACUGUAAACCUCUGCAAACUGUGUGGAGCAUCGCCUUGGAAAUGAGACUUCGGUCAUAUUCUCCGGGGUGUCGGACAUUAAAACAGAGGACAUGUCCUUCGGUUUGUUAAAGCCACAGUGCUACACUCAACUCUCCCAGCAUGCUACAGUAGUGACAAUAUCUCUCUACACAGCAGCACUGUUUGAUCCAAGAGAAACGUGCCUUGUAAGGAAGCAGGAUGUUCACAGGCUCAACCAAACUGCCACCCACUAAAACCCCGCAGCCCGAGCGGCUGGAUGAAGUGUACGCUGCCCUACGCAGAGGCUUACAGUCAUACCUCCAGGUCCACCAGCUGGAGCUGGACAGUCUGGGUCAACAGACCAGAGAGAACAAGAGGAACGGUCGUUUGGGGUCUUUGUAUGAGUUGGAUAAGCAAGUGAAAGCCAUAGAGAGGUUUAUGCGUCGCCUGGAAUUCCACCUCAGCAAGGUUGAGGAGCUGUACGAUGCUUAUUGUAUACAGCGGCGACUGCGUGAUGGAGCAAGUAAGAUGGUGGCGGCCUUUAACUCUGCCACUGGCAGCAAAGAGGCCAGAGAGAGCCUGAGUGAAGCCAACAAGGGCUACAGGGAAUGUACAGAGCACAUGUGCUCACUUGAGAGUGAAUUAGAAAGCCAGAUGGGAGAAUUUCACGUCAAAAUGAAGGGCCUUGCUGGCUUUGCACGACUGUGUGCUGGUGAUCAGUAUGAGGUCUUAAUGCGUUACGGGCGGCAACGCUGGAGGCUAAGAGGCCGUGUAGAAGUCAAGCAGAUAUGGGACAGUGAAGAGUACAUCUUCAUGCCUCUCGUCACAGAACUGCUGUCUAUCAAGGUGACGGAGCUGAAGAGCCUGGCCAAUCACGUGGUGGUGGGCAGCGUGUCCUGUGAAAUGAUCGACCUGUUCUGCCCGCUGCCCCAGACACUCGCCGUGGAUAUCAACGACCUCGGGACAGUGAAGCUGAACUUGGAGGUCACAUGGAGUCCGUUUGAUAAGGACGACCAGACAUCCUCCACCAGUACAGUUUCCAAACGGCUGCUGUCCAAUCAGAGCCCUCCUGACACGCCAUCUAUGCGGGAGCAGGUGUUUUAUAGUGUGCCCCGAGGUUGGCCCAGACAGAGCUGCUCACUGGUGGAGACGUUCCAUGGUGUCUUGGCAGACAGGACGGCGUCCUUGCGUUGUGAAUUCAGCCGUACAACACCCAGAUUCACCUCUGUACAGUCGUCUCUGCUAAAGCGACAGGGAGAAAUGGACAACGGGACAGUCUGGUCCAACUCCUCUGAAUCCUCCGACGACUCCUCCAGUCCGGCCUUGGCUCACCCCGCUCAGAGGCUGACGGCCUCCAACGUGCUACAAACCACUCUCACCACUCCGCUUUCGUUCACGCCCCACAAGUCCAGCGCGUCGACGCCGUCGCUCUCAUCCAACCAAGAGGAGGAUGAGACAGAAGCCGGGGAGGUUUUCUGUCAGACGGACGCGGUUCUCAACGGCCAUCUGCAGACUUCCUGCUCUCGUGGUCCAGACUGUACUGUGACUGAUAGAGCGUCUGUCCAAUCAGCCGACCUGUCUGAAAGCUCAGCAGACCUGAACUGCUCAUGCCCAGAUGUUUCCUCUGUACCUCCUGUGUUGCUAAUGGAGACACUGGAUUUGUCUGAAAGUGCCGUCCCACAAGUGUGUAUUUCAGCGGUGGAGGCAAAAGACGACGGAUGUGAGGACUUGUCAGUGCACGCUGGACAGACUGAAGCAGAAAUAGAGGACAGCAUCACUGAGGCAGGAGAGGGACGCCAGGUAGAAGCAUCAGAGAAACGCAGUGAGCCAUAUCAGUUCGUCCAGGAGUCAAAACAAAUGGAAGCCGCUCCGUCGGUUCCUUUUCCUACUUCUUCUAGUUUCACUCUGGAAGUCGAAACAGCCCUCGAAAGUUUUGACUUUCUCAAUUGCUCUGACCUCGAGGAAGAUGAGGAGGAAGAGGAAAACAAGGAAAAGGAAGACAAAGGAGAAAAGGAUGAUGGGCAACAUGAAGACAACCAAAACAACAUGGAGGAAGUUAAAAUGGAGGAAGAUGAAAAAAAUGAAGAGAACUUUUACUCUGGAGGAAGUGAUGAGGAGGAGGCAGACGGUCUACAGAUACUUAUGGAAGCCCCAGAAGGAUUCAGGAAUUCUGAUGAAGAUUGUUUCUCUGAAUCACAGGAGUCAAGCGUGGAAGACGUGCAGGAUUUGUGUCAGAUGGAGAUGCCCGAGGAGAAGGAGGAGCACAGCACGGAAAAGGGAGAUGAACAACACGGAGAGGACACGUCACAUGGUCAGGAGGAGCGUCCCUCUACUCCCACCCAUUUGGCCACCACUGUCUUCUAAUAACACAGUGGAAGCAUAGCUAUACCAUUUCUCCCCAUCUGAUCUACUCAUGCCAUCACCCUGUUACAGUGCAGGAUCGGAGGCCUUGAGGAUGUUCCACUUACUGCUCAGACAAACAAACUCUUCCCUUAUGGCUGAGUUUGUGCACAGAUUUGCCUUGUCCUGACCAAGAACGAUAAACCUGAAGGUUUCUGCGCCUCAGUCAUGACUGAAAGUCCCCCCCCCCCUCCCUUUCAAACUCCUCAUUCUUUCAACACAUCACGUUGCCUGAGUUGAAGUGGGACACCACUUAGUUUACACUUUCAUAAACUGUUCCUGUCAUGUGAAAAUUUAAUGUCCAAAACAUUUCAGGAACAGCUAAAAGCGGCCUUGUUUGUGACUUUAUUACAGUGCAUUUUUGAAGUUAUCUAAAAAAUGUUUAAAUGGUUUUAUAAGUUCAAGUUGAUGAUUUCUUCAAUCUAUAGAGAAGCAUACAAUCACUUGCUGAGUUCAUUGAAAGGUUUUCAAAACUAUCAGUGUUUGUGGAUAUGAAAACUAUAGAAGUUACGAUUUUCAGUGUUAAAUCAGUGUACAGCCUAGAGCUCUUUUCACCGUUAGUGAGAGAGGAAAAGACAAAUCUACUCUGGAAACCAACAGGAUCUUUUCAUUUUAGUCAUCAGAGACUGUUAAUUAUUAAAAAAAAACACAAAGUAUAGACAUUCAACAUUCAGCCUUCAAAGCAACAACAAGGAACACAUAUAAAAGGAGUAAUAUUGUGACUGAAUCCAAACAAUUAAGGAGUUUGGAGUUUCUCCUAAAAACUAAUUUUGGUUGAACAUGAAAACAAUCUGCAGUGUAAACUAUAUUUAAACCUGCAUGUGAAGCUGCCUCACACUGCCAGCAUGUCUGUAUAAAAAGCUCAACUGAUCAGUUUAAGUGUGUAAGCUAGGGAGCCAUCGGGUCUGUCGCUGUGUACAAAAGUCGCCUCGUGGGGGUGCUAUAGUCUUUCAGCCUCAUGCUUUACAUUGUUCUACAAAGCCUCUCAUUCAGAAAGUGCCUCAAGUGACAGAAAUGUAAGGUUGUAAAUGCCACAGACAGGAGAGAUCAGGCAAAAGAUAACAGUGUUUAUUUUCUGAAUUACUUAAAGAGUGUGCACAAUAAGAGAUAUUUACUGUUUCAUAUAAAGAAUUGUAUAUGUCUUGAAAUGUUAAAAUGUUUAUGUUCAGAAAUGUUUAAACUUUAUAAAGGUUUCUUUAAAAUGAA